GUCGAAGAUGUCGUAAUUUUAUUCUGCCACGUUGAACGACUUGGACAGAUAGGCAAUAGGGUGCCAUCUGUCGUUUGGGGUUUCUUGCGACAGGAUCACUCCGGAGGCAAAGUUGGAAGCAUCAGUUUCAAGUUGGAACGGGCGUUUGCCAUUAGGGUCGAUGAGGACUGGAGUAGAGGUGAAACAGUUUUUCAAGUUUUCGAAGGCAGUGUUCCACUCGUUGGUCCACGUGAACAGGACGUCUUUCUUUGUGAGGUCAUUGAGAGGUCGGGCCAUGGUAGCGAAGUCUUUGAUGAACCGUCUGUAGAAGUUUUCAAAGCCAAGAAAUGA